GCUGGGGCCGGCCGGGGCGCGUCGGGCAGGAAGCGCGCGGGCGCCGCGGGGCGCGUCUCUGGGCCGCAUGGAGAGCGCGGGUCCCGCGGCGUGUGGGGGCCACGCGCCCGGCUUCCUACGUGCCCUUCAGACCCGGAGCCGAGGCGAGGCGGCGCGGGCACGGGUGCAGGAGCAGGACCUAAGGCAGUGGGGCCUGACAGGGAUUCAUCUACACUCUUACCAACUGGAGGGAGUCAACUGGCUCGCCGAGUGCUUCCAUGGUCAGAAUGGCUGCAUCCUGGGAGAUGAGAUGGGCCUGGGUAAGACCUGCCAGACUAUUGCUCUCUUCAUUUACUUGGCAGGAAGAUUAAAUGAUGAAGGACCAUUUCUGAUUCUAUGCCCCUUGUCCGUUUUGAGCAACUGGAGAGAAGAGAUGGAGAGAUUUGCUCCAGGUCUUUCCUGUAUAACGUAUGCAGGUGACAAGGAGAGAGCCCAUCUACAGCAAAAUCUAAAACAAGAGUCACAUUUUCAUGUGCUGCUAACUACCUAUGAGAUUUGCUUGAAAGAUUCAUCAUUUCUAAAAUCCUUCCCUUGGAGUGUUCUUGUUGUGGACGAAGCUCACAGGUUGAAAAACCAAAACUCCUUGCUGCAUAAGACACUUUCAGAGUUCUCAGUAGUCUUCAAUCUCCUGUUGACCGGAACUCCCAUCCAGAACAGCCUCCAAGAGCUCUACUCUCUCCUCAGUUUUGUGGAGCCUGAUCUCUUUCCCAAGGAGCAGGUGGGAGAAUUUGUUCAGCAUUACCAGGAUGUUGAGAAGGAGUCUGAGUCAGCAAGCGAACUACACAGACUCUUGCAGCCAUUUCUGUUGAGGCGGGUGAAAGCUGAGGUAGCUACAGAACUUCCCAAGAAGACAGAGGUAGUGAUAUACCACGGCAUGUCAGCAUUGCAGAAAAAAUACAAGGCCAUUUUGAUGAAAGACCUAGAUGCAUUUGAAAAUGAGAUGGCAAAGAAAGUUAAACUUCAGAACGUCUUGUCCCAGCUUCGAAAGUGUGUGGAUCACCCAUAUCUGUUUGAUGGUGUGGAACCAGAGCCUUUUGAAAUUGGAGACCACCUGAUUGAGGCCAGUGGGAAACUUCAUCUACUGGAUAAGCUGCUUGCAUUCCUGUAUUCCAGGGGCCAUCGAGUUUUACUUUUCUCCCAGAUGACCCAGAUGUUGGAUAUUCUCCAAGACUACAUGGACUAUAGAGGUGAUAGCUUCCGGUCGUGUGAUGGGUCUGUGAGAGGAGAGGAGAGACCUGCCAUUAAGAACUUCGGACAGCAGCCCGUUUUUAUUUUUCUCCUGAGUACCAGGCAGGGAGGUAUUGGCAUGAACUUAACGGCUGCAGAUACCGUUAUUUUUGUCGACAGAUUCAAUCCGCAGAAUGACUUGCAGGCAGCUGCCAGGGCUCAUCGCUUGGCCAGAAACAGGUCUGUUAAAGUUAUUCGGCUGAUUGGCCGAGACACUGUGGAGGAAAUAGUCUGUAGGAAAGCAGCCUCCAAACUGCAGCUUACCAACACUAUCAUAGAGGGGGGCCAUUUACUUGGGGCCCAGAAACCUGCAGCGGAUGCUGACCUCCAGUUGAGUGAGAUACUCAAAUUCGGUUUGGAUAAAUUGCUUUCAUCUGAGGGCACCGUGGAUGAAAUAGAGCUGGAGACGAUCCUGGGAGAAACAGAAGAGGGCCAGUGGAUCUCUGAUGCCUUGCCUAAAACAGAAGGAGGAGUCAGCGAGCAGGAGGAAGGCAAAAACCAUAUGUACUUAUUUGAGGGUAAAGAUUAUUCCAAGGAGCCUAGUAAAGAAGAUAGAAAAUCCUUUGAGCAACUGGUGAACCUUCAGAAAACCCUUUUGGAGAAAACUACGCAAGAGGGCCGGUUACUCCGAAAUAAAAGCAGUGUUCUCCUCCCAGGCCUUGCGGAAGGGUCUACCAAGAGGAAGUGGAUUCUGAGCCCAGAGGAACUGGAGGACAGAAGGAAGAAGAGACAAGAAGCAGCAGCCAAGAGAAAGAGACUAAUGGAGGAGAAGAAGAGGAAAAACGAAGAAGCAGAACACGAGAAAAAGAUGGCCUGGUGGGAGUCCAACAAUUACCAGUCCUUCUGCCUGCCUUCUGAGGAGAGCGAACCGGAGGACCUAGAGGACAGGGAAGAGGAGAGCUCUGCCCAGCUGGAUUAUGAAGAUUCAGAUUCAAGUGCCAUCAAGUAUGUUAGCGGUGAUGUCACCCACCCACAGGCUGGGGCAGAGGAUGCUGUCAUCGUGCACUGCGUAGAUGACUCUGGUCGCUGGGGCAGAGGUGGUUUAUUCACAGCUUUGGAAACACGAUCUGCUGAGCCAAGAAAAAUAUAUGAGCUGGCUGGGAAAAUGAAAGACUUGAAUUUGGGAGGCGUCCUUUUAUUUCCUAUUGACGAUAAAGAGUCAAGAAACAAAGGGCAAGAUUUGUUGGCCUUGAUUGUGGCUCAGCACCGUGAUCGCUCCAAUGUCCUGUCUGGCAUUAAGAUGGCAGCCCUAGAAGAGGGCCUGAAGAAGAUCUAUUUAGCAGCAAAGAGAAAGAAAGCAAGUGUUCAUCUACCACGCAUUGGACAUGCCACAAAAGGUUUUAACUGGUAUGGUACUGAGCGACUGAUUCGGAAACACUUGGCUGCAAAAGGCAUCCCAACUUACAUCUAUUACUUUCCUAGAAGCCAGGCAGCUCUUCUUCAUCCAUAGUCCUCUUCUUCCUCGGGACAGCUGGUGCCUUAACAGUUGGCCAGUGUCACAGUCAGCAUUCAGCAAGCAGUUAAUAUUUGCCCAGAGCUGCUGAAUUAGAGUGUUUCAAAAAGGAGUCCAGAUCUGGUGGGCCUCUGAGAAACUGUGUUUUCUGAAUUCUCAUUUUGUUCUCCAGGAUGUGUUACUCUGAUUUGAUACCUAAAUACAGGGAUGCGCACCUUAAUUGGGAAAGUCCUCUGGCACUUUGCCAGGGCUCCAGUUUGCAUAGUUAUUUGCAUAAUAAAUUUUCUAUCUCUAAUGGUUUCAUUGCUUUCUUUCUCCUCAAUCCAGUUUUCUUCCCCUCCAUCAGUCUGAUUUCUUUACAGAGGACUAGGCUGUGGAUUAAGGAGAAAUGAAACCGGUUGCUGUGGGAGAAGGAAGCACCUUCAGCCCAUUUAUGCCUUGGGAAGACAGGACUCUGCAGGGCAGAUACUGAGAAGUGAGAUUCCUGAUCCAGAUGAGUGGAGCCCUUCCUGCCCUUCUUUUCAUACUGCUCAGCAUCAAGCUCUAGAAGACAAAACAUUGGCCUAGAGGCCUGUCAAAUGUGACUUUAGAGAAACCAGAGGAUCACCUUUUCCCCUUCCCACCAAAUUGAAUUCAGCUUAAAGAAAUAAGGGAAUUGUGGGAAUGGCACAAAGCACAGAAUGAUGACUAGUGUUAUUAGGGAGGGCAGGGCUGAGAACUCCAAGGGAAUGAGUCUUGGGGGGAGGCACUGUAUAAACUGUGGCUUUUCCUACUUUAGUAUAUAAAGCCUCAGUCUUAAGAGGCUGACUGUCCUCAACCAGCCUGACUUCUGCCGCUUUUAGGACCUCAACACCCUGAGUCCUGCAGACACCUCUUCAGAAGCCCCAGCCCUGGGCCCUUGAUUUCAAGGAACCCUGGCUGGCAGAGCAGCCAGCCAGGACCAGGACCUUCUAAGGAAGGUGGUGUCUGUAGCACCUGGGUUGUGCUUUUCUGUUUGACUCCCUCCCUGGCACUUUCACCCCUCGACAAUUCAGCAUCUGUGUCGAAGACCUUUUAGACCCUAAAUUCAUGAUUCCUUCAUUUUUUUUUUCCUCCUAAAACUUCUUUCCUUUUUUAGAAUCUAAAGCAGGCUCCAUACUGGGCUCGUUUUCAACCCUGAGAUCACAACCUGAGCCAAAAUCAAGAGUCAGAAGUUCAACUGACUGAGCCACCCAGGUGCCCAAACUUCUUUCAUUUUUGCUGCCUCUUAACUCCUACUCUUACUGCUAGGCCUUGACGUACAGGUUAUUAUCAUAACUUUAACCUCUUGACUGGCAUCUUGUCUCUCCUGUAACUAAACACAGAAUUGGAACUCUUUAAAGGGAGGAUAGUGAAACUUAACCUAAUGCACAGGUAAAUUGUCAGACCUUCAGAAGCAGCCUCGGUACAAAUUGGUGAGGUAUUAGCAAAAUCAAAGAAAACUUGAUUUGCAGAAGCUGUAUGCGCUCCUGGAAAGCUGUGAUCACUUCUGAGGGUAGCGUGCACAGGGCCAACUCGGGAUGUUUCUGAACAUCUGAGAGAAGCAUCAGAGCAGGGAACUCACUCUCAAAGAGAACACAGCUGACCUUUCAGGGGCACAGUUGUUCUGGGUGUAGAGGUUCUUUGUUUUCACCCAGCACUCUGUCCCCCAUGCUCCAGCCAUGUGAACUUUUUCCUCUGGUUGGAGGUCCUGGGCCAUGAACCUCUGUCUCAUGAUAAGUUGGGCAAAAUAACACAGAAGAUUUAGAAAACUCAACAUAGCACAUUCUCCCUUACACAGGGUCACUUGUUAGUGGCAGUCCCCUGCUUUGCUUGUCUACCUCUGCAAUUCAGAGUCAUCAACACUGCCUUAUGUCUCCAUAAGUCCUUCCUAGCUUUUAUAAUCCCUCCCCUUUUCCCAAAGGGCUGUCAUUCUCUGGGAAAGAGAAAAACUACCUACUCUGUUCAUUCCAAGGGUUUUAUUCUCUUUCUUCCACAGCUUAUUGUAGGGUCUCUCUCGAUUGGAUGGGGGCCCCAAAUGGGCAAUGAUUCGGUGGAAGCUGGUGGGUAGCACGGGCAGUGAAAAGAAUUCACCUGGAGAUUGGAGGUGUAAGGAGGCAGUGGUGGUGGCUGUUUUUUCGGUUGUUGUUUUUAGAGGGGGAGGUGGGGGCAGAGGGAGAGAGAGAUUCUCUCUCUCUCCAUGCCCAGCAUGGAGCCCAACAUGGGACUCAAUCUCAUGACCCUUUGAUUAUGACCUGAGCUGAAAUCAAGAGUCUGAUGCUUAAUGGACUGAGCCACCCUUGCACCGUGUGGGGGCUGUUUUCAAAGAGGGAAGGUGAGGAGGUAUGGCAACAUACGGAAUUUUCCCUUUUUUGGUAACUGUGCCUGGUUGUAAGCCCAUUGGUCAGUUAGGGCCUAUGGAUAUUUUCAGGUGGGUUGCCUGAUGGGCCUGUCUGUAUUCAGCCAGGGGGUCACUGAAAGCCCUUUCUAUAUUAUAUCACUCAAGCCUGUUUGCCUUAAAGUAGCCUCUAUACUUAUCCUUGAUGCCCUCUAGCCUGACCCCUUGAGGAGGCUAAGACAGGGGUAUGAGGACAAUACGAGGUUUUAUUCACCGAUGAGCUUCUGUGGAAAAGUUUGUACCUCUACAUAAGUAUGAAAACCCUGCUUAUUGAGAUAACGAGGAUCUUAAGUCUGUUGAACUUCUUCCAUAUGUACAACCUGAUAUAUUUUCUUGAUUUUUAAUAAACUGCCUUUAC